CUUUUACACCACAUACGCCCACUUGCAGUUGUCCAUGCGCUAGCGAGCGUUCGCUCUCGCUCUUGAACAAAGUCCCCUGGUAAAUGAUAGCCUCUGCGUCUCUCAGAAGCUUUGCAAGUCGAGCUGCAUCUAUGGCAGAGCAUCAACUGGGCCCCAUCGCAGGGGCCAUCAAGAGCAAGGUGGAGGCUGCGCUGAGCCCCACGCACUUCAAGCUCAUCAACGACAGCCACAAGCACGCGGGGCACUACGCACGAGACGGCAGCACCGCGUCGGACGCCGGGGAGACGCACUUCCGGUUAGAGGUCACGUCAGAUGCGUUCAAGGGCCUCACGCUGGUCAAACCGUCAUCUUGCCUUCCGUGACCAACUUCGCCCUCCAUCACC